UCUAACCGUAGCUGUGACAACAUUUUCAACACAGAUUUUGCUCAUUCUUGACCGAAGACCAAAUGGAGGCUAGCCUCUUCCCUCCUAACAUAAACUGAUAUCGAUGGGUUCAUUUUUCUAUUAUACUACUACUACCCCUUUUCUCCUCCUCUUGUAUGCCCUUUCUUGCUUUUUCAAUUUUCAAAAAAGAAGGUGAGUGAGAAUCUUGAUAUUUUUUUAAUAUGGGGAUUUGUUAUGGUAAACCUGUAAAGCUUGCUCAUGCCUCUUCUAGCUUGUUGUCUGAUUCUAGAACAGGCCCUGGCAGUGAGAGAAAUGAAUCAAGUCAUUCUUGUAGCCAAACACUUGAAGGAAGUUCAGGAAAUCUCAAGUCUUACAAAAGUGAUCUUUCUGCCGCCUGUAAUCUCAAGUCCUUUACCUUCAAUGACCUCAAAAAUGCAACUAGGAAUUUUCGAGCUGAUAGUCUUCUUGGUGAGGGAGGAUUCGGAUAUGUUUUCAAAGGUUGGCUAGAUGAAAAUACACUUGCUCCCUGCAAACCAGGAAUGGGGAUGGUAGUGGCUGUCAAGCAACUUAAACCAGAAAGCUUUCAGGGGCACAGAGAAUGGCUUGCAGAGGUUAACUACUUAGGGCAGCUUCACCAUGAAAAUCUUGUGAGGUUGAUUGGAUGUUGCGUAGAAUCUGAUAACAGGCUUCUUGUUUAUGAGUUUAUGACCAAAGGAAGCUUGGAAAAUCAUCUAUUUAGAAAAGGAGUUCAGCUUAUGACAUGGGGUAAUCGGAUGCGAACUGCAGUAGAUGUUGCACGAGGGUUAUCCUUUUUACACAGUCUGGAUGCCAAUGUGAUCUACCGAGACCUCAAAGCUUCCAACAUUCUACUUGAUUCAGAGUUUAAUGCCAAACUAUCAGAUUUUGGCCUCGCAAGAGAUGGUCCUGAUGGAGAUAAAACACAUGUUUCAACCAGGGUAAUAGGAACUAGGGGUUAUGCUGCACCAGAAUAUGUCGCAACAGGUCACUUGACUCCAAAGAACGACGUUUAUAGUUUCGGUGUCGUUCUAUUGGAGCUGCUAUCAGGAAGACGAGCUACAGGUGAGGAGAAUCCAGCAGGGGGAGCAGAGGAAACGUUGGUAGAAUGGGCAAAACCUUUCCUAAGUGAUAGCAGACGAGUACUGAGAAUCAUGGAUACAAGGUUGGGAGGACAGUAUUCCAAGAAAGGUGCACAAGCUGCAGCAGCCCUCGCCUUACGGUGCCUCCAUGUAGAUCCAAAACUUAGACCAACAAUGGAUGAGGUCGUAGCCACACUAGAGCUUUUGCCAGCGCCAAAGGACAUCACUAGGACUUCAAAUAAUGCACCAAAUGACAAGAUAAGUCAUACUCAAAAGAGAUUUGUGACACAUUCAAGAUAGAUGUAACACACUGUUUACUAUAUUCUAAGGGAUGUAUGUGGUCUUUUCUUCUUUAUUUGUUUGUGUGGUGGGGAUAGAGAGGAGGAAGAACUAUAGUGCUCAAGUGUCUCAACAUUAUUAAAUGUACAUAUGUAAAAUGUUUAUCUAAUAACUUUAGUAGUA